AUGUCCCUCCACCGACUUCGGAUUUCUCAACCUCGCAUUCUCCUCCACCACCAAUUCUGCAAAUUCCAACGUCAUCCGUUCAUCCUACCAAUCACGACCUUCAGAACACCAGCUUCUUCAUCCAAGCUACUUUCUACAACCACAAUGUCGUCCCAGAAGAUCGCAAUUCGCACGGAUAAGGCGCCCCCGCCAUUUCCGGUUUAUAACCAGGCAAUUCUUCACGACAAGACCGUUUAUGUUUCCGGUCAGUUGGGAAUGGACCCCGAGACCAAGCAGAUGUUGGAAGGUCCCAUCGCCGUUCGCGCUGAACAAGCAUUGAAGAAUCUCGGCGCUGUUCUUGAAGCCGCUGGCUCGAACAUGAACCAGGUCCUCAAGGUCGUUGUGUUCUUGGUAGAUAUGAAAGACUUCCAGGAGGUUAACUCCGUUUAUGAGAAAUUCUUCGGAGAUGUGAAGCCAGCUCGAUCAUGCAUUGCUGUUCACCAGCUUCCACUCGGAACUGAUGUGGAGAUUGAGUGCAUCGCCCACGUGACUAAACCGAUAAUUACAGAUAGGAUAGGAAGUCCAAAACUGUAA